AUGUCUUUAAUGAAUUUAGAUGUUUUCUUCUUCGCGACUCUGUAUAAAUAUAUAUAUAAAAAUAUCUUUCCUAACUUUGCAAUAGAUUUCAUACACUGUAACAAAGGGAAUAAUAAUUUCUACCUGGUACAGGUAAUAUGUCUAUAUUACGUAGCCGUUUGCUAUUUUUGCUUCGACAAUAUUUUCUGCAUCCUGGUUGUACAUUUGGCUGGCCAGUUUCGCAUACUUCGAUACAGGUUUACAAAAUUGUGUAACUUGGAACAUGAGACAAGCGAAGUGACGUUAACAAAGCACGCGUACGAAUUUUAUGAGAAACUGAAAAUGUACAUUCGACAUCAUCAGCUAUUGAUCAACUAUUGCAAGAGGCUUGAAACCGUGUACACGAUGAUUAUAUUUGGCCAGGUGUUGGUGUUUAGCGUGUUAAUUUGCCUAUUUGCUUAUCAGGGGCUGUUGGUUGCUGCUCCUAUAGCGAGACGCAGCAUCUUCAUAUUUCUUUUAAUCGGCUCGAUGGCUUUAUUGUUUAUGUUCACCUAUGGUUGCGACGGCGUGAUAGAGCACAGCGACGAAGUUGCAGAAGGAGCAUAUUCAGCUUUGUGGACGAUCAUGCCAAUGAACAAAUCUGGACGAAUGCUCCGAAACGAUUUAAUAAUGGUGAUCGAGCGAUCAAGACGGGUUUGUUGUCUAACCGCAAACGGAUUUUUCCCCAUAUCGUUGAAAACUUACACUAAGAUUAUGUCUACCGCAAUGUCGUAUUUCACGUUGUUAAGAAAUCAAAAGGUCGUCAUGCAUACGACGGUAUACUCGGAUAUUUCUGUUAGACUAUCGCAGUUUCUGCUGAAAGUGGUGGGUAUCUCAAUGGCCACAAAUGAUGCCGAAGAACGUCUAAAAAAAGUCGCUAUGGCGUACACAAUCGGCUUUCAUGUUUUCUCCUUGUAUAUGAAUAUCAGUGACAUUUACCACAGUUGGGGUGAUUUUAACCAUUGCGCUUUUGUGAUGUCCAGCUUACUAAGCGUCAGUCUACCGUUUUUUAAAAUUAUGGUGUUAUACAUUCUGAGAACGGAGUAUGACAAAAUAAUUCUGUAUGUAGAGCAAAAUUUUUGGGAUCUCAAAUACAAAGAUAAUGAUAGAAUGCUUUUCACGGAAUGUCGAAAGUUAUGCAACUUAUGGGCCGUAGCUGCAUUCACUCUGAUACAAACGAGUCUGUCUUUCUAUGUAGUUACACCGUUAUAUAGUAACUAUGGAAAAAACAAAUCAGAGAGAAUACUUCCGUUUCAAAUGUGGCUCGAUAUACCGAUGAGUAUGACACCGUAUUAUGAAAUACUGUUCACCAUUCAGGUACUAGCUUUAGAACAAGUCGGUCUGACCUAUUUAUGCAGUGACAACUACUUAUGCAUAGUGAACGUGCACGUGAUGUACCAAUUUCGCAUGCUUCAAUACAAGCUUUUGAAUCUGUGGAAAGCAAUCGCCGAACAAAAGGAUAAAAUCGAUUACACCGAGAAAUGCUAUGAGGCGUUGAAAGAAUGUAUCAGGCGGCAUCAAUCAUUGAUCAAAUUUUGCAACAGCCUGGAGAACGUUUAUACAUUACCAAUUCUCGCCCAUGUAGUAGUCUUCAGUCUGUUAAUGUGCAUUGAUGCAUAUGAGAUAUUCCUGGCAGACGUACCUGCUACGACACGUCUCAUUUUUGUUUUCACCGUGAUUGGUAGCUUUAUGCACAUAGUUUUCUUCACGUAUAGUUGUCACGGAUUGAUAGAGGAAAGUACGAAAGUAUGCUUCGCAACUUAUUCAGGCUGGUGGACGACCUUACCAAUGACUGAAACUGGCAAAAUGAUACGAAAGGACGUGAAUAUAAUGAUGAUGAAAUCGUUUCGACCGUGUUGUCUGUCCGCCGGUGGAUUCUUUCCAGUGUCUUUGGAAACAUCUACUGCACUUCUGAGCUCGACAUUUUCAUACUUCACACUUAUAAGGGAAUCAUCCUUGCGGAUUGAAGGAAAUUAA